AUGAUUGAUGCAAUUGAACAAGGGAUGGAUGAAAUUUUACAAGAGGCUAGCUUUCAAACCAAAUCACAGUCAAGUGUUGCAACACAAUCCGAUAAUGGGGUCGUGAAUGAUUUCAUUGCUGAUCACCCAUCUGAUGAGGAUGUUGGUUUGGAUGGUGAUGUUCUUGAUGGUGGUGAGGAUGUUGUUCAUCAUAGUGGUGACGGUGUUGUUAAUGAUCCUGAUGGUGAUGGAGCUGUUAAUAAUCCUGAAGGAGAUGGUGAUGACCAACAACAUGUUCUUGAAAAUGAAGGAAAUUUAGGUGAUAAUGAAGGACAUGAGGAUGUCCCAUUGGUUACGAGAAUAAGGAAACCAUCUGAGAGGAUACUCUUGCAGAAGUUAAAAAAGGGUGUGUAUGACAAAGACGAUGGUGGUUCUUCAUCUGCAAGCGGUGGUUCUUCAUCUGCAAAUCUAGUCACUUUGGAGUAG